UACAAGGUCCUCUUUGUCUACAUGACGGCUGAAGGCGUGACCUCUCUCGUCUAUACGCUUGGGUUGGAUGUCGCCUGGCGACCUGUCCUUAAUCGUUUCAAGGUCUGGGAGGAUAGUAUUAGUACCUGGGAGUGCAUGAAUUAUCCAUGCAUCAAUGGAGCUGCCCACUGUGUCUACGGCGGUGCCCGUGAGAAAUUGGGGUGCCGAAUAGCAGCUUUUGAUAUCCUCCAUGAGCAAUUUAGAGAGAUUUUGUUCCCUCCGGGCUGUUGUUCCCCAGAAAAGAAUUGCUGGAGAUAUACGCCGAGAGUGGCGGAGCUGAGAGGGCUUCUCGCCUUGUUGCACAUGAUUGGAGAAGGCACUCUCAUGGAGACGUGGUUGCUGACGGAUUAUUCUGGCGGGGUAUGGACUAAAGACCACACCAUCUGCCUUCAACCUGUGUACAGGGAACUUCGUUGGGACAUGGAAAGAAGGUACAGUUCUCUGGACAUCUUUCCGGCGGUGAAGACCAGCAACACAGAGCUGGUAAUGAAGAUUCAUAUUAACGCACCGUCGGCGACGUUUCGCACUUCAUGCACGAAAUACGUUACUUGUUUCUUUUCCUAUGAUCCUACGCUGAGAAAGACAAUAUUGCUAAGUGGAGUGAAGAACGAAAGGCUGUACAGCAUUGAUUGUUCUUAUGACAUUUGUGGUCCUUAUGUAGAGAGCCUGGUUUCCCCUUGCGAGAACUCGAACCUCAUAAGCAAGAAGAAGAAAAAAGAAGAGGAGAUCGAUCGUAGAAAAUGAAUGCAUGGCGUCUGAUUAACAUUGAACAUUCGUCAGUUGCUGAUUGCUGAGAAGAUGAAUGGAGAGCUACAAACAAGUGCGGUGUUCCACGCUGUGGAGACAUGAAGAUACAAAUUAUAUCGUUUUCC